ACACACACUAAUAAUACAUUGGACUGUUAUGACUUGGUAAAAAAAUCAAUCUCGAGUUUUAUAUAAAAAUAAAUUAAUAAUUGUAAUUUAAAUUUUUGAUUAAAAAUUAUUUGUGAAUAAUGAGUUUACCGGGCGUAAUUGAUUAUAUAGUUUUCUCAAAUCCCAUAUCAACUGGUGUCAUAAAUCUUGCGAAAAGUACAAGUAAUACAAUUUUACCAAAUUUGGGUUUACAAUCACGUGAACCAGGAACUCAAACAGUUAAAAUAAUCACCGAACGAAUACCACUUGAUCAAUUGGCUCGAAAUGCUGGACCCAUGGUUCGAUUAGCUGGUUUAAGUGGUGCAACAGCUGUUAUUUUAGGUGCAUAUGGAUCACAUCGAAAGUUUCCACCGGUUGAGAAGGAGGAUGUUGAUUUAAAAGUUGUUUUUGAAACAGCAAAUCGAUAUCAUUUCAUUCAUACGUUAGCAUUGUUAGCGACUCCACUUUGCCGGGCACCAAAAACGAGUGCAACAUUUUUAUCCGCUGGUAUCAUCUUAUUUAGUGGUACAUUGUAUUAUCGAGCAUUCACCGGUGAUACAAAAUUCUCAAAAUUGGCUCCAAUCGGAGGUACUUGUUUAAUAAUUGGAUGGUUAGCAAUGAUUAUAUAAAUAAAAACAAAUCAGUGUUUUUAAAUUAAUUUAAAUAAUUGAAUUAUUAUAUUAAUUUAAGUUGUUUUAUAACGUAAUUAUUUGUUGUGUCACAUAUUAUUGUACUUUACCAAACAAAAAAGUAUUUGUAGAGUUCUAAUUUACAAUAUUCUAAUGUUUAAGAUCAGUAACCCAUAGGAACUGGUCUAAUUUUGGGUAUGAAUUAAUUCCUUAACAACAAAAAGCACCUUAUCCCAAGAUAGUUUUAUACCUGUCCAUAUUAUCUCGUAACUGUUAGUGGAAUAAUUUGGAUAAAAAUAUAAUUCUAGUCCAAUCAAUUUUGUUCUAAUUUUUUUUGGUUAGUUAAUGGUUAUUGCUUCUUUUUUAUCUCCCGCUCGAUAAGAGUAUUGAUUGCAUGAGGGUAUUGUCUCAAUUACUGAAUCAUUUAAUGGUAAAUUAUUAGAAAUUGGUUUGAAACAUUAGCAUAAUGUAAAUUUGGCUGAACGUUUAAGAAAAUAUACCAUGUUAUUUAUCAUUUGAAAA